GAACGACACUCGGGGAGUCUGAGCAAGCGACAGCAACCAUAGACAGAUAGGGGGGACCCAGCUGGACAUUGUGGUAUUGUAGGGCCCACCUUCAUCAGUGAAGAAUGACACAAUCACCAGAGGUCCCAUUACAAACCUCUUGUCUGUUUUGUCUUACUCUCCUCCUCAGUCCUCCCCCUUGGCCCGGCCAUCUCUCUCCUCACUCCUUUUUUAUUUUUCUUUUGGUGUGUCAUGUGACUGUAUCUCUCAUGUGUUGGGGGAAGAGAGAGAACUGGGGAUCCGUUUUGGAGGUGGUUGGCUGGUCCUUCUUUUCUUCUGUUUUCUUUUUUCUCUUUUGAGUGAGAAGAAGAGAAAGAGAAAGAGAGCAAAGCAAAGCUCCAGAGAGAAAGGGACACUUGUUAAUGGGUCUUUCUUUCUAUGAAAAACCCUGUCCUCACUAUUCCACAUAAAGCUUUCCAAUACGAUUAGGUCUUGUCGUUGAACAACAGCGCCAGGCUACUGAUGGACAAGAAUGAUCUAGAAGCAUGUGGAAUUGAAAAGGAUAUCCAGCACUUCAAGUGUUCUGCGCUGCAAGACGUUCAACUGAGGGCAAGUAGCUUAUCUGGCCUUGGAACAUUUCCUGAUGAAAUUGCUAGAUUUGAAAAGAAAAGGCCAUAUCAUGAUCAUGAAACUAAGAGUUGUAAAGCUGCAAAGUUGCCUGAGACUGAAAGAAAGUGUUUGAGUUAUGAUAAUGGUUCUGCCACUGGAUGUGCCAGACAAAAUACAGAUGGUUUGAAUGCACCAUGUUCUGUUGUUUCAUGGGUAAGUGAUUCAGCUUCCAUGAAUAAAAGUUGCGCAAAAGGAACUGUGAUGGUGAUGUCUCCAUGUAAUGUUCUUGCAAAUGAAAGAAAUUCAAAGGAUGCUGAUAUAUCUUCACACUCCAUGGUAGCUAUUAAUUGUUCGCAUAACAUUUCCAUGAAGAAUGAUACUAGCUCUGAGGCUGGAGAAACCCCUGACAAGCAUGAAAAUGAGUUGUCAGAUGGAAGGACAGCUUGGCUAAACGCUGAGGAAAAUAGAUUGAAGUCCAUUGUGCAGGGUACUUACCAUAACAAGCAGCUGAAAACAGAGUCUUCCUCCUCUAACUUUACACGUGCAAUCUUUCCAGCUUCUUCAAAUGACAGCUGCGAGGAAACAUCAGUGGAUGACAAGCCAUCAAAAUGUUGCCAAACUGAUAUCACUGAUACUUCCAUUUGUACCGGCUUAAAGUGCAGAUCAAAGGAGCCUGCAGCAAGUAGUUCCACAUUGGAUUUGGCUAUGCAAAAUUGUUGUAGAGAUGUGUUGGGUACCAAUCUUUUACCGGGAAAAAUGAACAAUUUGGAUAGUGUUCUAGAAGCUUCUGACAAUGUUAGAGCAAGUGGUGACAGGCUGUUGGGAGUAAUCACAGAUCAUAGGUCUGUCAUUGUAGAGAGAGAUGAUAUUCUGAAAUCCAGUCUGCCUAUGACUGAGUAUGCAGGUCCUCUUAAUCAAGAUAAGGCAGAGCAUUGCUAUGAGCUGGAUGAUGCACUUGAGGUAGCAAGGAGGGUUGCAAGGGAAGUGGAGCAAGAGGUUGAGCUAGAUAGGCAGGCCUCAAGAAACUCAUCUUGUGUGCUAGGGGGAAGUUGUGAAAUUGUUCAUUUGAAUGCUGAUUCUCUGGCUCUAGAUAAGGAAAAUUAUGUUACAAAAACUGGAGGUGAAAUCCCGUCCUGUGCUGAACGAGAUAAUUACAAUAGUUUCCAUUCCAAUAAAGAGGUAGUGGAUCAAGAAACAUUAAUGGCAGAGCAACAGAUGCACUUAGAUAUUGUUGAGUCCUCACUUGACUUAAGAUCCACAAUAACGUGUGCAGCUAAUUGCAGACAGGAAUCAUCUAGCAUAAUUGCUAUCUCUGAUGAUCUAGCUGCCAAUGAGAGAAUUGUUCAACCCUUUCAAGUCGAUCUUAAUGCAGAUAUUGUGGCUGAUGAAGUUAAAUGCACCGAGCAGUUGGUUGAUGAAACUGCUACUUAUCAUGUAUACAAUGUCUCAAAGCCAACACCUGCAAUGGCUAAAUCUGGGAUUCCUGUCUAUUUACCUCUGUCCCGAUUUCAAUUGGAAGAUGCAGUAGGUUGGAAGGGACCUUCUGCGACAAGUGCAUUCAGUCCAACUUCUCUUUCUAAGAAUUUUAAGGGGAUUCAGGCACCAUCUGCUAAUGACAAUGGCUACUGGUCAAAAGGUUUACAGGUUAAAGGGUUUGACCUUAACAUUGCUGCUGCUACAGUCGAUUUUGAUAUGGAAUUGCUCCAAGAGAAAUGUGUCCCAGAAUCAAGUUUGCCUUCUAAAACUUCGUUGGUGGAGGUUAGUUUAACUCAAGCAGAAAGGUUGAACAUUGACCUCAAUUUUGCUAAUGAAUAUGAUGACAAUUGUUUUCAAAUGGCUCCACCAACAUCAUCAAGGAACACUAUUCAGGAUUUUGAUUUGAAUGAUAACCCUACAUGUCAAGAUGCAUGUAGUAAUAGUGACCAGCCAAGUCAGUGCACCCUAGGAUCAGGAGAUCGAGCUUUAGAUAUUCCUGCUGUUUCUUUCCUAGGAAAUGCAGGGCAACAGAGAUUUAAUAACCUAGGAUCAGCAUACCGGUCUGAUCCAGGUCCCAUGCAGGUCUUUAGCCACGGUAACGCUGGACCAUUUCUUUUGGCUGUUAGCAAUGUGCUUCCCACAGCUGAACAAAUGCAGGAGAUAGUUCCUCUUCACGACAGGGCAUCUUGUAGAACAAAUCCGCCACUGCAACCGACUUUUGCUUUCCCAUACGGUAAUGGAUGCUGCAUUGAGCCUAGUGACUAUUUAUCCUCAGCUGGAAGGAUUCCCGGUGUCAUUCCAUGCAUAACAGACCAAAAUAGACCCACUGUCUUUCAGCAGUUAGUAGAUUCAGGCACUCUUCCUGCCUUUUCUGGGUACACAAGUUUCUUGCAGAUUCCUGAUGGGCCAAGGCCGAACAGCAUUGCAAUCAUAAGACCUGGUUUUGAUCUUAAUAAUGGGGUGACUUUUGAGAAUAGAAGCAUGGGAGAAAAUGUAAGGCCACAGUUUGUUCCUCCAGGAAAUUCGCUGAUGGAAGAGCAAAUGAAGCCUUUUCAACCAGUUUCUUUGCCUGCCACACCCAUGAAGAGAAGGAAACCAGAUGGAAGAUGGCGUCCUGGCCAGCUUGGCUACAGACAGGCUAUGUGAUGGCACUAGGUUUAUCCAAGAUCCACAUUUCAAAUUGGAGCUUCCUAGUCAGGAAAAUAACUUGGUUUGCUUUGGAUAUGCUGCUUUUGUUCAAAUGUGUAACCUGAUGACAAUAGUUAAGGAAGUCAGAGUUGAAAUACAUGUCAUUUAUCAACUUUUGCCCAGUUUUAAUUUGAACACCAUUUAAUUCUCUACUGUUAGAUUCCAUAAAAUUUUUUGUACAUACUAAAUGGUGGUAUUUGAUAUUGGGGAAUCUCCGCAUUUUAAUGCUAAAAUAUUGAUAUAGUGAUUUGUGAUCGUAUAUGCAUUGUCAUUUUACAUGAAGUUUUUUGCAUGAAG